AUUCAUGUCAAAUUGUUAUGAGAACUGAAAGAAUUUGCUCCAAAUAACUUUUUCAAAGUAUGUUUAUAAAUGGAUGAGAACAUAGUGAUUGUGUCGUGCUCGACAUCUGUGAAUGAAUUUGAACGAUAUUUUCAGCAAAUGCCGACGUGUUAUUGAAGUUGUCUUUUGAAAUCCGUUACCUGUGUCUGGUUUUGGACAUUCGUAAAAAAUGUCCAUGCCCCAUCGAUCGCAGCGUCAACAUUGCUAUUUAUGCGACCUCCCCAGAACUCCAUGGGCGAUGUUGCAUGAUUUUUCUGAGGCUGUGUGCCGUGGAUGUGUCAAUUAUGAAGGACCCGAUAGAAUAGAAAUGGUAAUUGAUGCAGCAAGACAAAUGAAAAGAUCACAUGGUGUUCAGGAAAUUCAUUCAAAGUAUUCUGCAGGAGUGUCAGUUGGUGCCAUCCACGGUCCUAGAGCAGUGUCAUCAGCAGUGAACAAUAACAAUGCAGUAGGAUAUCCAGAUACUUCAGCCUACAAUAUGGAGCCACCUAAUGCAAGAAUGCAUCAUGGACAUUUGCCAACGUCUCCUGAAAGAUUUUCAAUGCAUGAACUUAGAGCAAGAAGCCUGCCAGAAGUUGGCAGCAACAUGGCUAUUCGACCAACUAAUGGAAUUGGUUCUGUUGUUGGACAUACCAACAGUUCAGCUUCCAGCUCAGAAGAGUUGAACAUCAACAGACCUUUAGCUGUCAGAGAGACUUUAUCUGUUCUCAUGACUUGUGUUCCAUUCAAAGUUCGGUUUAAAAAGGAUCAUUUGCUGACUGGAAGAGUGUUCACAUUUGAUGCAUGUUUAAAUGCCAAUAUGACAUAUGAACUAAAAGUGUUUAUUGAAUAUCCACUGGGAUCUGGGAGUAUUUACAGUAGUGCUAAUGGUGUAGUCAAACAAAUGUAUCAGGACUGUUUGAAAGACCUUGGAAAAAAUCUGUCCUUUGGAUUAAAAUAUUUGGAAUAUGAGAUGAAACAGGGCAGUUCUGAUUGGCGAGUAUUCUCUGAUUUUCUCACUGAUGGUGUCAGAAUAUUCAAAGAACCAGUAAAAAAAGAAAUGAUACCCUCUUCCCCAGUUGGCCAUCCUGCUCCCACUUCCCCUGAUACUGCUGUUCCUCAUUCUGAAUCCUCUCCUAUGACAGCUUUAAUGACCGCCACAAAAAAUCUUACCAAAACAUCCAGUGUUAGUGAAGGUCAAAGUUCAAAAACAUUAGUGUCAUCUCGUGUUCAUUCUCUUCCAGGCCCUGUGUCUGAUGCAGGUAUAGGUAGUACAAGUAGUUCAAUGCCAGAGUCCACAGUUCCUAACUCGGAAGCCCUGCGCUGUACAAUUUGUGAGGAAAGACUAGAGGACACACAUUUUGUUCAAUGUCCAUCAGUGAUAGAACAUAAAUUCUGUUUUCCAUGUUCAAAAGACAGUAUAAAAAGACAAGGUGCUGGAUCAGAAGUUUACUGUCCCAGUAACAAAAAAUGUCCGUUGGCCGGCUCUAGUGUUCCAUGGGCUUUCAUGCCUGGUGAAAUUGUGACAAUUCUCGGUGAACAAUAUCGUGAUGUGAAAGUCAAGAAAGAGGUGGAAAAUUGA